GUGGUGAAAUGUGUGCACGUGUGAUGGGGUGCUCUGCGUUCUUCGCAGAGGCUACCUUAACUGGUGUUUGAGGUGGACUUUAGAGGAGGAUGAGGGGACCGGCAAUGCGGCUUCCCCCGCGGCUGGCGCUGUCAGCGUUGGCCCGCGGCCCAUCUUGCAUUCUAGGGUCCGGAGCGGCGACGCAGAAGGACUGGCAAACGAGGAACCGCCGCGGCUUCUCUGACUUCAAUAUAGAGCCGUUGCCUGAUUCUGAUUUGGAGGAGUCGUCCCCGUGGACAUCCAGGAAUCGAUCGGAGCCUAAGCGUCACAUAGCAUGUAAGAAAGCGGCCAGGAACCUGGUACGGGACCUGCUGGAGCACCAAAACCCAUCCCGUCAAAUUAUACUAGAGUGCAAUCCAGGUCCUGGAAUCCUGACUGGGGCAUUACUUAAAGCUGGUGCCAGAGUGGUUGCCUUUGAAAGUGAAAAGACUUUUAUUCCACAUUUGGAGCCCUUACAGAGGAACAUGGAUGGAGAGCUACAGGUGGUUCACUGUGACUUCUUUAAAAUGGAUCCUAGAUAUCAGGAAGUAGUAAGACCAGAUGUGAGUUCACAGGCAAUAUUUCAGAACCUGGGAAUAAAAGCAGUUCCUUGGUCAGCAGGUGUUCCUAUAAAAGUAUUUGGAAUCCUACCAUAUAAACAUGAAAGACGAAUACUUUGGAAAAUUCUGUUCGAUCUGUACUCCUGCGAAUCUAUAUACAGAUAUGGACGAGUAGAACUGAAUAUGUUUGUUAGUGAAAAAGAAUUCCGGAAACUGAUAGCGACUCCUAAAAGACCGGAUUUAUAUCAAGUAAUGGCUGUUCUUUGGCAAGUGGCCUGUGACGUUAAGUUCCUGCACAUGGAACCUUGGUCGUCAUUUAGUGUGCAUACGGAAAAUGGGCACUUAGAAAAGUCAAAGCACGGGGAAUCAGUAAAUUUACUGAAACAAAACCUAUAUCUUGUUCGAAUGACUCCUCGUAGGACUUUAUUUACAGAAAACCUAAGUCCUUUGAACUAUGAUAUAUUUUUCCACUUGGUAAAGCAUUGCUUUGGGAAACGCAAUGCCCCAAUAAUACGCCAUUUACGUUCACUGAGUACGGUUGAUCCUAUUAAUAUCCUGAGGCAGAUAAGAAAAAACCCUGGAGACACAGCUGCUAGAAUGUAUCCUCACGACUUCAAAAAACUUUUUGAAACCAUAGAGCAAUCGGAAGACUCCGUCUUUAAGUGGAUCUAUGACUACUGCCCGGAGGACAUGGAGUUCUAGGAAGAGUCUGCAAGCCGAGAGUGAGCUGGAGCUGUUUGUCCAUUAUUUUGAAAUCAUGUGACAAAUGAACACUGAAUUUCAAGAAGUUCAUAUCCUUUUAACAGAAGAGAAACUACCCUUGUUUGGCACAAAUGAAGCAAAUAAUUUCUUCUCAAGUUGAUACCUUUGAUACACAGAAAACACAGUGGCUGCAGUAUUAUUCAAAGUUAAAUAAAACGAAAACCUGUCAGUUUGAUCAGAUCAAA